AUGAAUCCAACUAGUGUGGACACAACUAAGGAGACCAUUGGGACCUCACUGGUUCUAGUCAUCAAUAUCCUGAGUAAAGGUCUUUCAGUCAUGUUGUGCAACGCAAAAUGUCUGCGAGGUCUCCUCAUUUUCACAAAUUUCAUUAUUUUUAUUGCUGGUGGUGUCGUUUCGGGUAUUGGAAUGUUUCUUUUGAUAAAAUCUAAUGAAUUAAGACCUACGAACGCAGCCUAUGCUAUUCCCAUUUUCAUCACAGUUUUGGGAUUUGUGGCUCUUGUGUUUGGAUUCUUGGGCUUCCUUGGAGCAAUCAAACUCAACAAAUGCCUACUGAUGAUGUUCAUUAUUGUAGUAGGAAUAACAAUUGCUCUUGAAUUCACUGGUGGAAUAUUACUUAUUGUCUACAAUGAGAAGGUGAAGUCAUCUCUGUAUGACCUCUUUGUCCAAACCAUUAGAGAAGUUGAAAGAAACGAAAAUAGAGAAAAGGAAGAAGUACUCAAAACACUGCAGAAUAAAUUUAAAUGUUGUGGAGCUAAUGGACCUAAUGAUUGGAUGGAACCUCAGAAACGAUGUUGUAAGGCGGGAGAGGCCAAUUGUGUGGGAUAUCCUACACAGGGUUGCAUUGAAGCUGUGUCGAAUGCACUAAAGAGAAGCUUAAUUAUCCUGGGAGUAGCUAUUUUGAUUAUAGCAUUCACAGAGAUAGGAGCUCUAGUGGUUGCUAUUCGCGCAAUCAACACAAAAUCUUAA